AUGUCGGAAAUUGAACACAAAGAACCACCAGUAGCAAAUGAACUCAAAGAUUACAUUGAAGAUGGAAAAAAUAAAAUGAUUGUUAAGUGUAAAUUUUGCGGCUCAAAGAUGUUAGACAAGAAUUCAGCGACGUUCAUAACCUUACAGGAACAGCUACCAUUAAUGCUGCAAGAUUCAAAACAAGAAGGCGAAGUGCAAUCUGAGACUAUAACAGACUUUUACCAUGUAGAAAACAUGUUUACGUUUGAGAACAUAGGUUUUACACACACCGUUGCUAACUACAAAUAUUUGAGUUGCGCAGAUUGCGACGCAGGGCCUGUUGGAUAUUACAAUAUGGACACAAAACAUAGUUACGUAGCAAUAUCCAGAAUUAUUCAGGGAGAUAAUUAA